GAUGUCAUGUCUGUAAAAUGAGCUGGCUGUAAACACAAAUCACGUGACCAAGCUGCCUGUGUCGGGGGCUUUGCAGCAGCGGGACGAAUGACGGCUGAGUUGGAGGAAGUUACAUGGAGAAGCUGUGCUAGUAUGUAACCUUACACGAGUUGGAUACAGCGUUGCAGCUAAAUAGAGGAAGGCAGCCGCAUACAUGGAUAUUGUGGACACCUUUAAUCAUUUAAUACCCAGUGACCAGUUGGAUGACUCCCUGAUAAUAGGUCAAAAUUUGGAAUGUGAAGCUGGUAAUGAGUUUGGGACAGGAACCGGCCUAGAAGAUUCACUGAAAAACAUGCUCAGUGACAAGGAUCCUAUGUUUGGAUGUGCAAACUCUCAGUUCAAUCUCCUGGACAAUGAGGACUCCACUUUUCAGGUUGCUGGCUCAACAGGUCUUGAUGGUGGUUCAGCGUCCACAGGCCUCAGCACUGAACUGACAGCUGCAGCACCCACACAAGUCAAACGGCCUGUUGGUAGGCCGAGGAAACGUCCACGUAAUUUAGAAAAUGAACACAGAGGUGGUCCACAACCUGCCAACACAUCCACCAACACCAUGACUCGAGGACGGCCAGGAAGAAAACCAACCAUCAGGCUACAAAAGUCAUUUCUCAUUGAGAAAGGAGUUAAAGGAGCCCAGCUGAAGAAAGAAUUAAGUCUGGGAGGGCGUAUCAAUGUUAAUGAUCUUGAUGGUGGAUUAUGGCUGAAUCCUAUGGUUGUAUUGAGGCGAUUGACUGUUACAAUUGGAGGAUUCAGGAUUGAGUUGCUUCCAGGACCCUCUUACUCACAAAACAUUGAUCCAAGCCAGCCUGCAUGCUUUGAAGAUGGUGUUUCGUAUGGUGGGGACAUAGGUUAUGACAUAUUGCCUGAUGAUGCUGUCAAUGUACAGAACCCUGUAGCAGAGAAUGUAGUAGAGACGGAUGUAAAUGAGAAGAGCGCUGCUGAUGAUGCAGCCCUUGGUCUGGGCCCGUAUGUGAAUCCUAAUGACGUGCAGACCUCCAACGGAGCAUUAAUAGAGAGCCCCUACGUGCAAGAAACAAAGAGUGACAAUCAGGGUGAUAUUCCUGGAAAGGAAAAGCCAGUCAGUAAAGGAAAAGGAGAUGUCAAGCAUUCACAAAACAAUGAGAACAAUAAAACUUCUGCUAAUAGUAAGACUGAUGAUAAAGAAAAGCAACAGACUGCGACAAAAAAUUUAAAAUCAAAACAAGGACUGACUUCUAUCAAGACUAAGAACUUGGUUUCCUGUAAACCAAGCAACAUGAUUAAGAAACAUCAAGUAUCCCACAGCACCCCAGCCAAAGUCAUCCCAAGAGGAGUUCUGCAAAAAAUGAAAUCUCUAAAGGAAAAGAAAGUCAUUUCAGUAUUAAAAAGACCUGCGGAAAACACCGAAGGCGAGCAUGCUACUAAAGUGCAGAAGCUACAGAGCACAGGUGAUGUUAAAGGGAAGUCAAAAUUACCAAGUACAGCUAGCCCAGUAGUGAAGAAGAGCGCAUCGUCUGGCAACCGUGUUGGCGAUCAGCAAGGACCCACCAAAUCUACUCAUCCUCACCACAGCUCCAAAGUGGAGACUGCUCAUCCAGCGCACAUUCGUCCAGGCCAUUCUUUAAAAAUGCCUGAAGAAAGUGGGCAGGAGAAGCCUAAACUGAAAAAGCCAGAAAAGCUUAUUCAACGACAGAAAGUUAAAAGUUCAAGAAGCAUCUCUGUGGAUGAGCCACAGCUCUUCAUUCCAGAUAAUGCUCCUGUUGUGAAGAAGGAAACAGCUGAGGAGCAAUCUGGUAACAGUGAGACUGUAUGGGAUGGAAACAACUGUUGUGGUUUGUGCAAGAAACACCACAAUAACAUGUUCAUGGUUGGUUGCGGUCGCUGCGACGACUGGUUCCACGGUGACUGCGUUGGUCUUGACCUGACAAAAGUACGUGAAAUGGAGGAGGAGGACCAGAUGUACGUGUGUUUGAAGUGCUGCGAGGAGGAAAGCAAAAAGGUGGAGCCUGAGCCCCAGGGUGCAGCCAGACCAGAAAUUCAAUCAAAGACUGAGGGACAGGAUCAAAAGCUGCCUCCCAAACCCACACCAGGACCCUCCCAGACACUCACAUCAGGGGGGGUCAGACCAGUAAGAAAGGAACCUGAUAGAAGGCAGUCCACAGAUGAUAAAGAAGGAGCUCACAAAACGGGCAUACAUCUGAAACAAGACACAAAAAGUAGAACACCAUCUUCAAUUUCAAAGAAACCUGUAUCAGUGGAGGCAAUCAGGCGAAGUGUGCGUGAAUCUCUCAGAGAAAUUCUUAUACAGAGGUUGAAGGAGUCUGAUUUGAACAUCUCAGUGGAGAAGGCUUCUGAAGUUGCCAAGAAGACGGAGAGAGAGCUGUUCCACUUGUAUAAAGACACUGACAACAAAUACAAGAACAAGUAUAGAAGCUUAAUGUUUAACCUCAAAGAUACUAAAAAUAAUGUCCUGUUUAAGAGGGUGCUCAAAGGGGAGAUAUCUCCUGGCAACCUAAUUCGAAUGAGUCCUGAGGAACUGGCCUCUAAAGAAUUGGCUGCUUGGCGACAAAGGGAGAACCGACAUACAAUUGAAAUGAUUGAAAAAGAGCAAAGAGAGGCUGAGAGACGGCCGAUCACUAAGAUCACACACAAGGGUGAAAUUGAAAUUGAAAGCCAAGAACCAGUGAAAGCACCAGAGCUUGUAGAGCUUGAGAUCCCUCUGAAAGUAACAGAAGUCCCAGCAGAACUUCCAAAAACACCAGAGAAGAAAGCAGAGAGUGCGAAGACAGAAAGAGACACUACCAGCCAGCACAAGUCUCACUUAUUUGACCUGCAAUGCAAAAUUUGCACAGGCCGCAUGGCGCCCCCUGUGGAGGAGGUACCAACCAAAGUGGUCAAAGUUGCUACUACAGUGGUUAGGAGACAGUCCACCAAAACAGAAGAAAUGAAGAGCACAACCCCACCCUCAGUCGACGAUGACCUGCACCUCACUGUUUUAGAAGAGAGUUUCCGAAAUGCUCAGUCAGGGUAUGAAGGAAGGUUGGAUCAUAUAGCUGGAAGAGAUGAAGAGGCUGCUUUCCUUUCCAACUUUAAGUCCCUGUGGCGAGGAUUCAUUCACAUGCACUCUGUGGCAAAGCUCAUGACAAAAGCUUUCCCCGUCUCAGGCAUUUUGGACAACUUGACUGAGGACCUUCCAGACCGUAUUCAAGUUGGAGGGAGGAUAAGUCCGCAGACAGUGUGGGACUAUCUGGAGAAGAUUCGGGCAACUGGAACCAAAGAGGUGUGCCUGAUUCGCUUCUCCCCCGAGACAGAGGAAGAUAUGAUCUCCUAUACUCUUCUGUAUGCCUACUUCAGCAGUCGUAGACGCUUUGGGGUGGUGUCCAAUAAUCUGAAACAAGUGAAGGACAUGUAUCUCAUUCCACUGGGUGCAACCGAUAAAGUUCCACAUCAGCUUGUUCCCUUUGAUGGGCCAGGCUUGGAAAACAACCGUGCCAACCUCCUCCUUGGGCUCAUAAUUCGGCAGAGACCAAAAAGGGAUUUUCUUCCUGCAGAUGGAACUACAAGGAUUAUUCCUGAAAUCAAGCCCAUUGCCAUUUCCUCAAAAGAAACCAGAGCAACAGAAGAUGAGAAAUUUUUCCUUGCUUCUUUGACUAGUGCACAUAAAAAAGAGGAGGACAUACCACUUAACACUACUGAAGAUGUCGAUGAGCCAGUUACAGAGUCUUCUGAAGAACCAUCUGCAUCAAAGGAGACCGGCCGUCGAGAACAAUCUGAACCCCAAAAACCACUGCGAUUCCUUCCAGGUGUGUUAGUAGGCUGGGGUGGGGAGUUGCCACCUCUGCCAGAUGUGGGGGGUAAACUUGACACACAAAAGACUCAACCAGGUCUGAAAACAGAGGCAUCAGUAGGAAACUCAAAAAGUCCAACAGCUGCUGCACCACGGGAGCGUUUUGUCAUCAAGAAGAAAGAAGCAAAGCCAGCUAAGACUGAACCGGAGCCAUCCAACCUGAAUGAAGCAGGUGCUAACGCUAACAACUCAUCAGGAAAAGAUGGUGAUGUGGUGACCCACGGUGCACCGCUCUCUCUGAAGGAUAAGCCUCCAGAUGUAUCGACUGAAGCGUUCCUGGCAAGCUUGUCAACGCGUCAAAGUGGGAGCGAAACUAGUGUUACUGCCUUGGCAGACAAAGGCGAUGCAUGUCUUUUGUCUGAAACUGCAGAAGGAACGUCUGAAGGGAAUUCUUUGUUGCAGACUCCUUCAGAUCACACAAGUGGCUCAAAACCUCCUUUAAGUGGAAUACUGAAAAAAUCUUCAGCUUAUUCCAGUGUGAAUGAAGAUAAAACAGUGGUGCUACAGAAGGACAACCACCCAACUUCUUCUUCGAGUCCUAAACCUGUUCCUGUGUUGAGCAGUGCUAGAAAUGAUCCAGUUACACCAUUUCACCAAGGAUAUUUACAGCGUUCUCAGGCCAAGAACAAACCUGAAGAACAAACCCAAACUACUAUCCAGUCAGUUCCUAGUGAAAAGCAAGAUCCUGCCAUGUCCCAGGUUGGUGCUGCAGGAACUCAGACAUUGAAUCCUCCUACAGUGCAGGAACCACAAACAGCACCAGCUCUCCCAGAGUCCAACAGUGCGGUACCUUUCCCACUGGAACAGGAACAGCCUCAGGUACCUGGCAGCUACAGUUACUCAACCGGCCCGCCUCCGAUCUCUUUCUCCACCCAACACGCCCAGGAUCAGAAUCAUAGUACACCAUGGGCUCAGGAUAGCACUUCACAUGCUAUUCCUGGACUUGAGUCCCAGUACCCCGAGAGUUACUCUCAAUCCUCUGAUGACAACCCUCAACCUCCGUCCCUGGUCAAAGACUACAAACAUCUAGAGGAGCAAUACAGUGACCCAUGGGAGAGGCCACAUAGUACAGAGGACAGAGACCACCACAGGAGGCACAGCCACCACAGGGAUUCUCAUCAUGCGAAAAAGAGCCGACACCACAACCGCGAGCGGGAGAAAAAGCAUGACCGUAGCUAUGAGGACAGAUACAGAGAGAAAAGUAGGCACUACGGACACUCAGAUGACCGCUAUGGUGAGAAGAGGAAAGAGAGACACCACAGUGAUGACUACAGCAGCCGCCACAAGGACAGACACAGACAUAGACGGGACUCUGACGAGAAUGGACGGAGAAGUUCAAGAGACAGUUACUCAUAAAUGAAUUACAUUUUUUCCAAAGCCAGUAAGCCAGUGUGCAGAGCUCUAAAACUUUGCUUGAUCACUUGGCUGGUUCAAACCACUUCAGCUAUAUUGGCUGCUGGAGGAGAUGUUUGUUGUUUUAUGUCUGCAGCUUAUAUGCCAUUUCUUUGAUUUUAUGUUUUUGAGAGUAGACUGCAGCCAAAAUGAGAUACCAUUUCAGUGGGAUCAUGAAGAUGGGUUUUCUUUGGAUCAAGAAAAUCUCAGAACAUUUUCAGAUUUUUAACCUUUUAUUGUAUAUAUCGUUUAUAUUGAGCUGCUGUACUGACCAUAAUCAGACGAUGUUUUCAGUCUCGGUAACAACAGAAGGGUGGACCAUUGGGUGUGAAGCUGAACUAAAACAUUUGGCAUGAAUGUAAGGGAAAACACUCAACUAAGGUUCAGUCAAAAAGCAGCUUUGCUUUUUCCCAACUUAAUUUGUUAAAUUGCUUAAAUAUUUUAUAAACUUUUUAUUGAAAAAUGUAAAUUUUGCCUUGUAAUAUAUGUUAGAGACGAAGUGUGCCUUUGCACUGUGUGUUUAUGUACAGUUCGUAAUAAAGCUAAUCCUUUUUGUGUGGAUGCGAGAGUUGGCAUCCACACUAUCUUGUUCUUUAUUAUUCAGAUUUGUUCUUUGUUUUUCACCGCUGACUAGCUGCAGCAUACUUUCAGCUUGAAAAACCAUUCAAAUAUCACAAUGUUCAGCUUUAUUAAGGACACGAUGGCAUGCAUUCAGCUUUUUUAACUUUUAUGCUCUUUUAAAAUAUUCAAAUUUGUAUUUUUAUUUUAUUUUAUAGUGGAAGUCAGUAUCCAGUGUAGGCCCUUAGGAGGGAGAUAAUCAAAUCAAGCUUUUUUGUGUUUAGCC